CCUGGGCACCUGCGUGCCGGGCUCUGCCGCGCACGCGCGUACGCCGAGCCAGACAGUUGGCGGUGUUGGUUCGCCCCAGCUGUCCCUCUCCUCACGCAACUCUGAGGCGCGCGACCCCGGUGUGACACCACGGCGCUUACGCGGUGCGGAGGGAGGCAGGGGCGCGCAGGCGCCGCAGGGGGAGUAAGGCCGCGCAGGCGCGGACGGCGUUGGUUGAAGAAGACCUUCAGCGUUGCCCUAGCGGAGUACCUGCUCUCUGGGUGCAGAUAUGUGUAACACACCAACUUACUGUGACCUAGGAAAGGCUGCCAAGGAUGUCUUCAACAAAGGAUAUGGGUUUGGCAUGGUCAAAAUAGACCUGAGAACCAAGUCAUGUAGUGGAGUGGAAUUUUCUACUUCUGGUCAUGCUUAUACUGAUACAGGGAAAGCUUCAGGCAACCUAGAGACCAAAUAUAAGGUCUGUAAUUAUGGACUUACCUUCACCCAAAAAUGGAACACAGACAAUACUCUUGGAACAGAAAUCUCUUGGGAGAAUAAGUUGGCCGAAGGGUUGAAACUUACUCUUGAUACGAUAUUUGUACCGAACACAGGAAAGAAGAGUGGGAAAUUGAAGGCCUCCUAUAAACGGGAUUGUUUCAGUCUUGGCAGUAAUGUUGAUAUAGAUUUUUCUGGCCCGACCAUCUAUGGCUGGGCUGUGUUAGCCUUUGAAGGUUGGCUUGCUGGCUAUCAGAUGAGUUUUGACACAGCGAAAUCCAAACUGUCACAGAAUAAUUUCGCCCUGGGUUACAAAGCUGCGGACUUCCAGCUGCACACUCAUGUGAAUGAUGGCACUGAAUUUGGAGGGUCUAUCUACCAGAAGGUUAAUGAGAAGAUUGAAACAUCAAUAAACCUUGCGUGGACAGCUGGCAGUAACAACACCCGCUUUGGCAUCGCUGCUAAAUACAAGUUGGAUUGUAGAACAACUCUCUCUGCUAAAGUAAAUAAUGCCAGCCUGAUUGGACUGGGUUAUACUCAGACUCUUCGACCAGGAGUCAAACUGACCCUAUCAGCUUUAAUUGAUGGAAAGAACUUCAAUGCAGGAGGUCACAAGGUUGGGUUGGGAUUUGAACUAGAAGCUUAAUGAGGUUUUGAGUAAAACAUCAGAUUUCUCCCUGGAGAUGAAGAGAAAUGAACCCACUAUGUUUUGGCCUUAAAAUUCUUCUCUGAAAUUUCAAAAGUGUGAACUUUUUAUUCUUCCAAAGAAUUGUAAUCCUCCCGCACACUGAAGUCUAGAGAUCGCAAGUCCAUCCUAAGGGAGGUGCUGGAAGGCAUGCCUGGAAGUUGUCAUAUUUGUGCCACAUUUCAGUUCAGUUCCACAGUAUUAUUUUAAAUGUGAUCCUCAGCGACAAUGUAGUGUCGUGUUAUAAAGGAAAUAACCCGAUCCUCCAGUUUGUACAUCACGUCCUGCAUGUCCCGCACUACUUUUUCAUGACCUUUUAAUAUAUUGAUCUCUGUGCUGUAGUGGAGUCUUUGGUUUAUUAGCAUCAGAGCAAAAUAAAAUAAACCCAUCACAUUUGAAAGUAGUCACUCA